CAGAGUGGAGUGCUUCUUUUAGUUGCCUUCUUUAGUCUGCCAUUGCCGGCUUAGUGAUCUUCAUAUUUGUAGUUAGAAAGUGCCCUAGCUGUCUUCAAUCCAAAUUAAAUAUCAAAUUGCAAAGCUGUCUUCGAACGGCAACAUGACGAUCAGCCCCAGUUUCAUUAAAAAGAACAAGCAAAAAUAUUCGCUUUCCAAGACAUUUCCGAAAGGAAUUCGGUGUCAGAAAUGUUUGGAGAGGGGCCACUGGAGCUUUGAGUGCAAGGGGAAGCGCAAGGUCCUUGUGCGGAAGUCACGCACACAAAUGUUGAAGCAAUUUUUGAAGGAAAAAGAUGGUGAAUGCAGUAAAGGGAAUUGCAAACCUUCCAAAUACAAGAGGAGAAUGUGCUCAGAUGCAGAUUGUGAAACCAGUGACAGCGAUUUUGAUCGCAAGUGCAAAAGCAAGAAGCCCAGGCCCUUGAAGAAAUGCGCUGGAGGCAAAUGCGCUGGAGGCAAAUGCGCUGGAGGCAAAAGCUCUGCCGGCAAAUGCACUGGGGGCAAAUGCGCUGGAGGCAAAUGCAGCAGAGGCAAGUGCGGCAAAGGUAAAUGCGGUGGAGGAAAUUGCGGACGAGCUGGUUCAUCUUCGGACAGUGACUCAGAUAGCAGCAACAAUCAGAAUAACUCUGACUCUUCGGACAGUGAGUUUGAGUCAAGCGAGUAUGAUUCGGACAGCACUAACGAUUCUGGAGACUGCAACGACUCUGACAGUUACUGAUUGAAACCAGUACCAGUCACUAAUGCCGAACAUGAGGACAGCUGGCAGUCCUGGAGUUCUUUGAGCUCGGUGGAUGGAACUGUCAAACUCAUUCAAUACUUGAAUAAUUGCUGCCCAGAUUCGGAUAGUUCAAGUGACUGGGACUAAAUUAUUAAUCGUAAAUAUCAGUUUAGAGCAGGUACAUUUUUCUCUUAGGUAAGUGUUCUUCAAUGUUUCGUUGCGAAGGAUUCUUUUUAAUGCAAGUUUUAAGAACGUAUUUAUAAUGCUGGACAUUUAUAUCAUAGUUGUGUAAACAUUUGUAAUAUCUAUAUUUUAAGACAUUGUGUAAUCGCCUAGAAUUUCGAUUUUGUAACAGCUUUGUCUUUUGUUGCAAGAGUUUUAGUAGAAAAUUCACGUAGAGUAGAAAACAUAGAAUGUAGUAUGGGUAAAUAAAAUUUAUAUUUAAUGAUAUUUAGUAUAUUAUGUGCGUCUAAUAUAAUGUAAACUCAGUGAUUCUAGCGUAGUGUUUAUAAAGUACAUAAAAUUGCGAAUUACUUUGUACUUUCUAUGCGUAAUACGAAAUUUUAUUUUUAUAAAUUAUUUAAGUUUUUUUGUACUGUAGCAAUGGUAUUUCGAACAUCGCUUCGUUAAACAAGAAAAUAAGUGAAACGUAUCAAGGACUAUCAAAGCCAUCACCAAAUGGCAAAAAGGGUGUUUAAAGUAGUGCCAUAUCUACCGUAAAUCGCCGAGUAAUUUCGACUUUUCAUUUUAAUGCAAACAGAGAUUGUUGUAUUGUCUUAAAGCCGAUCUCUAUGGUAAAAUAGUGCCCUCUGAUGGCUCAAUUACGGUACAUGUGGCGCUAUAUUUACUGAAAAAUGUCAAAAUUAACCUCUCGCACGAUCCUUCGUAUGAAAUCCUGACGUAGAAAGCGCCCUCUAAUUAACGUGAUAAUGGUAGCCCUCAUUGUAAUAAAUUAUUUUUAGUCUUCGUUAUAAACUAUUUCUUUAGCUCAUAAUUGACAUACAAAUUUGUUACACGUAGUCUGAAGUCAUUGUUAAAUAAACAGCUAUUAUGGCAUUUAUGAAAAAAGCCAAUAAUUUAUUAACAUGACUUUUUUCAUAAAAUGGCAAUCGAACAAAUACAGUCAAGUGAAAAUGUUCUGUACAUUCAAUGUAGCCAAAAAAUUUGGUAAAAAUCAACCUUAAGUAAAUGAAUUCAGUGUACACUUCCAAAUAUUAAAAAAAAAUCUGCUCAUCAUUUUGACACCAAUCUCUACAAUGUACAGCCUUGUUGCCGGCCGGCCAUUGUAGCAAAGAAUAUUAUAAUUUUUAUUCAUGCAUAUUGUAAUCGUAAUUUAUGACUAUUAUAAUUGGAUGCUGAAGCAAUAACGUGUCAAUCUACAAAAGUCGAAAAUUGAAAUUUUAAUGCCAAAUUGUAGCUUGUCGUCUUGUCUACAUUUUACAAACGAACUAAAUGAUUUGAAAUAUCCAAAAAUUAUAAAAAUAU